CAGCUUCCAGGAAAACAAGCUCAUUCAUCCAUUGAUACGACUAACAGGAACUCACAGGAAACAUGAGUCUGUUUUCCAUCCCCCUCUGUGGCUUCCUCCUCAUCUUAAACCUGCAGCUGUUCUGCACAUCUCCCAUCAGCCCCGGCCUCUCUGACGCUGACAUAGACUUCUUCAAGGUGCUCCUGAGCAGACUAGAAGAGUCUGUUUCCGAUGUGGAGCAGAGAGUCUCUGCAGAGAGGGACAUGGAGAGAAUGAGUACAGAGGAGGCAGCAGAUGGACAGCAGCACCCCCCCACUCUGGAUGAGGCAGCCAUCAGGGAGUUCCUCUCAGCAAAGAACCUGAAGAGCGUCCGUAACGACUCGACCAGGAAGUCAUCCGGCUGCUUCGGCCGGCGGAUGGACAGGAUCGGCUCCAUGAGCUCUCUGGGCUGCAAUACAGUCGGCAAAUACAAUCCAAAGUGAAGAGGAAGUCUUACCAUCCCAACCCUGGAACUGCAAAGUCUCUACCAAAAUAUGUUUUUAUUUGAAAGCUAUUUAUUUACUCAUAUUUAUUAAAUAUUGUUAGAUGCUAACGUGUAUUUAUUUAAAUUGGAAAUAAUAAUGAUCUUCAUGUACUGUUCAAUGUUUUAAUAAAUGUUUACAACUGCACAUUGAGCCUACUGUUGCUAAAGAAUAAUAAUGUACAGCAGACACACACACACACACACA